GCGGGGCCGGGCGCGGGGCGUGGAGCUGGGAGCGCUGCGCGGCUUUCCUCGCCGCUGCCGACUCCUGUGUUUCCCGCGCGCGCAGCUGUAGGGCUGGCGCCGGACGAGGUGGGGAGUGACGGGAGCAGGUGGAGGUAGCGUUGGAGACAGUGGGUUCCGGGGUCCCGUCCUUGGGCCCGCAGAAGAGGGCUGAAGGUGGCAGGGUCCUGCGAGGACGCGAUGAAGCUCGGCGGCGAGGCCGCGGCGGCUCCCGCGAGGGACCCCUGGGAGGAGUGCUUCCGGGCCGCGGUGCAGCUGGCGCUGCGGGCUGGACAGAUCAUCAGAAAAGCCCUCACUGAGGAAAAAUGUGUCUCAACAAAAACGUCAGCUGCAGAUCUUGUGACAGAAACUGAUCACCUAGUGGAAGAUUUAAUUAUUUCCGAGUUGAGAAAAAAGUUCCCUUCACACAGGUUCAUCGCAGAAGAGGCCACAGCCUCUGGGGCCAAGUGUGAGCUCACCCACAGCCCCACCUGGAUCAUCGACCCCAUUGAUGGCACCUGCAACUUUGUGCACAGGUUCCCCACCGUGGCAGUCAGCAUCGGCUUUGCUGUUCACCAAGAGCUUGAAUUCGGAGUGAUUUACCACUGCACGGAGGAGCGGCUAUACUCGGGCCGGCGGGGCCGGGGCGCUUUCUGUAACAGCCAGCGGCUGCAGGUCUCCAGAGAGACAGAUCUCUCCAAGGCCUUGGUUCUAACAGAAAUUGGCCCCAAGCGUGACCCUGCGACUCUGAGACUGUUCCUGGGCAACAUGGAGCGGCUGCUGCAUGCCAAGGCUCACGGGGUCCGUGUGAUUGGAAGCUCCACCUUGGCGCUCUGUCACCUGGCCUCGGGUGCUGCCGAUGCCUAUUACCAGUUUGGCUUGCACUGUUGGGACCUGGCAGCUGCCACGGUCAUCAUCAGAGAAGCAGGCGGCAUCGUGAUGGACACUUCAGGUGGACCUCUUGACCUCAUGGCAUGCAGAGUGGUUGCUGCUGGCACAAGGGAGAUGGCCAUGUUCAUAGCUCAGGCCUUACAGACUAUUAACUACGGGCGUGACGAUGACCAGUGAGCGUGAUGGCAAAGGAGCUCUGAAGGCCUUCGUGGGGUGCUGCAGGGCCCCUGUGCUGCGGGCUCUACUUCCUGCCAUCUCAGAGAGAAAUGCUGUGCUCAGGUGCGCAGCACAUGCGUCUAUCUCAUGGGGACUGGCGUUUAGCUGGUUCUUCCUGUAAGCUCACAUAGCCUUUCUCAGGUUAGUGCCUGUUCCUCUGUCAGAGCCAAAAGCCAAAUCUCCCAGCUUUGAUAACCCAAUCAUGAUUUCCCCCAGAAUACAAAUCUCAGGUAAUAUACAAAUAUACAAAUCUCUUUAGAACUGCAGGGAAAGUGGACUGGGUCUCAGCCCCCACCAUGGCACUUCAGAACACAAGAUGCCUGGCCACUGCCCCCAGACAGCCUGGGGUGUGGCUGCAGACCAGGCUGCCAGAAACACAGAGCUGACAGCCCCUGUUGUCUGCUGCCUCUGAUAAGUGCUCUGAAAACAACUUCAGUGAUCAUCACGUCAGUGUUCAAAAUCCAAGAUAGGGGACUGACUGAAAAAAACUAGCAGCCCAAAUAGAAACCUCUGAAAUGCUAUUGUUGUGAUCCAUUUAAUGGGGAAAAAUUGCGCUGUAUUUUCUAGGCCUUAUUUGUUUCUCGUUAGGAAGAUUCAUAUACCGUAUAAGGAUAAUUCUAAAGAGCCUGUCAACUGGCUGGCCAGGGCAUCCUUUCUGAAGUUUGAGAAAGUCAGUCAUAGAAGAAGUUCCAACUCGUUCUUUUUUCUUUUGAGACAGAGUCUUAUUCUGUCACCCUUGGUAGAGUACCAUAGCAUCACCCUCAGAACAGUUACGGUGGUGACACAGCUCACAGCAACCUCAGACUCCUGGGUUCAAGGGAUCCUCCUGCCUCAGCCUCCUGAGUUGCUGGGACUAGAGGUGCCCGCCACAACACCUGGCUAGUUUUUUCUAUUUUUAGUACAGACAGCAUCUCGCUCUUGUUUAGGCUAGUCUCGAACUCCUGAGCUCAGGUGAUCAGCUGGCCUCGGCCUCCCAGCGUGCUCUCAGUGAGCCACUGUGCCUGGCCUCAACCCACUCAUAACUUCUUCUGUCAUCUUCCGAAUUUGCCAUCAACACAUACAGGGCAUUUGUGAGUCUCCCUGGCAUCUGUUGUCUCUGGCUUCUCUAUGCUAACAUUGGGGAUUGCCCCUAAAAUGACCCUGUCACUUUCACCUGGCUUACCUGGCAGUCUUCAGCAGCCUCUCCUCUUUGGUCCCCUGAGGCCACAAGGCCCCUGCUGCAGAUGCUCGGGGGCCACACUGAUGCUUGGCUUUCACCCUCCUGGGCAGCCUUGGGGACAAUCCCCCGGGGACUCCAAGGAAGAUUCUUUGGGAGCAAAAUACCCUAAUGCUUUGCUUCCACUUCCCCUUGGGCUGCUUUGUCAUAUAAAUUUACUGUCUAAAGGAAGGCAUCUCCUUUUGCCUGAAUGGGGGGCCGAGUAAACUCUGGAUAUGCACAGUUCAAGGGCCUGCAGGUGCUGAGACUUGGGUCUCCUUUGGGACUAAGCAGCCUACUGCCCAUAGGCACACGUCUGGCUGCACACAGGCCAUGGCCUCUGGGGGCCUCUGAGCUGUGGAUCUCCUGCACCCUCCUGACCAUGUCCUGUCUUUCACUGCACCCCCAAGUGGGGCAGAUCAUUCCUCCAGGGACCACCCAUCCCACACUGAGAUCUUCCACAGUGUUAGAAUGUUGUGGGUGUUAAGCCAAAGUCUGUCCACUAGUAAUGUGCAUCUCUGUUCUGAUUUUAACCCUGGGGUCCAUGAGGAACAGCACCCCUCCCACCACUCCCUGUCCCCAGGUAAUGCAGCUCUGUCCCCUCCCUCAGCCCCAGGUGUGUCUUCUAGGCUUCAGGUUAAUCUUGCAGUCUUUGAGGAGGUGCCAGGCCACUGCCUCGUGUGACCAGGUGCAAGUCCCCAUUUGCCCUUUGAUUGUGCAUGUCCCCCCUGGAAGCCCUGGUUGGCCAGAGCCCAAGCGUGCAGGUGCUGAGACACACUUACCACAGCAACCUGGUCAUGAGGCGGUGGGGAUGCCGGUUUUGUCCUUCCUGUCUCCUCAUCCCCACUGCCCGUGCCAUAGCCUAUCAAGGUUUCCUGGACCGCAAUGCUGCCUUCCAGCCUCGCAACAAGCCCUCUGGGGGCUUGUUAGCAUCAUGCUCCUCCGUCAAAUCACAGAAAAUGUUGACUGGGAUUGAAAGAAGUGCAGAGCCCACCAGUACCUCACCCGAGAACCCUCCAGGGUCACAGGUCCUUCACCACCUCCAAGGGUCGCCACAGACCAGCAUCCAGCACAGCCCAGUGUGGCUCACACCUCUGUGUGACCAGAGGAUGGCAAAGGUCUCACUGUCAUCUAGAUUUGUAGAACCCUGCCUUCCAUAGCCACAUGCACCUGCUUAAUUGAGGUUAAACUUACUCAGUUCCCAUGUGUGGCUGGUGGCUGCCAUGCCAAGCAGUACAGGUGCUCCAUCCACUCAGGAUGUCCUGUUGGGUACCAGCAUGGAGAGGGGCUUUUUAAUAAUCUGAAAUCUUGUUUUAUUUCUAUAUAGUCUCAAUUUUAUGGCAUCUACAUUCUUCCCUGUUUUUUUGCCAGUCUUGUCCUCAAAGAUUCCUUGUAGCAGUCUUGCCUACAAAGUAACCGCUGUGUGUUGGGAGCUAGUGGCAUGGAGCAGAGCUGAGAAGACCUGGCUAGGUCAGGCAGGGACCGAGCAAGCCAUGCACCUGUCACACAGCUGAGCCAGAUUGGGACCCAGACCUGCAGACAAUACUGUGAGACUCUGACUCUUAAAGAGAAAACCUCGCAAAGGGAAAGGAGUGACAGGGCAUGAUCCUGGGCCUCAGCAAGGCAGGGCACAGCAUGGGCGGGGUGGGUGCGCGUCAGCCCAGGGUCUGUCGUGGGAGCUGGCCCCACUCUGCCCGCCCAAGGCCAGGCUGCAGCUGCAGCUGCUAAAGGGUCUGCACAAGGGCUGGCCAGUGCCCUGCACGUCACUGUCACUCAGCACAUGUGAGCACUUCACCAGUCCCCUUCUGAACCAGAACCUUCUGGCCUGAGUGUCCCCAGAUGGGUUUGAGAGCCAGGGUCACCCCCGUGGAGCAGACAUGUGGCACGUGUUUCACCAACAGAGUCAAUGUGAGUGGCAGAGAGUGGAGAUGGGGGGGGGCACUUUCCUAUCUGGGCUCUGAUUCUGCUGAAGUAACAUUAGGACCAUGUGAAGGGAAUCUUCUGCUGCCCCUAACCCUGGCUUAAGUCACCUGUGUAUGCCGGAGUCCUGGAGCAUGGGCGCUGUCUGCGUGUCUGCAGCUGACGGAAGUCGAGGUCUGUGUACACCCGAGUCCUGGAACAUGGGCACUGUCUGCGUGUCUGCAGCUGAUGGAGAAGUCAUCCUUGCAGCAGAGUCUUGUGCACAUGUGUGUUAUAUGUUAAAGCCACGUUCAAAUUAAUUCGGGGCAACCAAAAUAUGUAAGAAAUUAGAUUCUAUUUUCCAGAUGAUGUCAGUUUUAACACAUUUUGAAGAUGAGUGAUAGAAAUGAAGGGAAAGCAGCGGGCAGUGUGGAUGUGUGGUAGGGGAGUGAGUGGGAAGGGCUCGGGCUCAGAUGAUGGAUUAGCUGCCCUGGGUCCUCCGUGCACAGGACAGAGAGAGGUGAUGGGUGCAAGUGACACAGGAUUCUCUGAGUCAUGUAGUUUCAUAAUUUUUCGAGUUUUCAAUAGGAAAACAUCUUGGUGCGCCCUCCUCUAGGCCUGCCUCACCAGGGCAGCCUACACUGCCAUCUCCACAGUGACAGGCUUCUUUGUCAGGUAUUGGGCACAGGCAGGUGCUAAGAACUGGGACGUGAAGCACCAAAUAUGUACACGAGUGGGGGUGUUCCAGGUCUUGGCAGAGAACCUGGAGCAGGGGUUACGCCUCAGCAGACUUUGAGGCCAUGAGGAGAUCCGAGCUAGACUCAUACAUGCCAGGGCGAGGAUCAACAUCAAUACUGAGUUAAGGGUUGUGCUUAAAAUGCAGUUGUCCCAGAGACCCUGAGUGAUCGUCCCCAGACUAAAUAAAUGUCGUGUGAACACAGUGGCCCUCAGCUGUGUGCACUGGGGAGCGCCCUUGGGAAGCACCUCUCUGAAGCUCAUCACCUGUGCUUCCCAGGGGAACUGGAAGUAGUGCAGGUACUCUGGCAGUGUGACAAUUUAAAAAUAUUUCUUCUUUGGCUUGGCGCCUGUGGCUAAAGUGGCUAAGGCGCCAGCCACAUACACCUGAGCUGGCGGGUUCGUAUCCAGCCCUGGCCCGCUAAACAACAAUGAUGGCUGUAACCAAAAAAUAGCCGGGCGUUGUGGCGGGCACCUGUAGUCCCAGCUACUUGGGAGGUGGAGCAGGAGAAUCGCUUGAGCCCAGGAGUUGGAGUUUGCUGUGAGCUGUGAUGCCACAGCACUCUACCAAGGCCAAUAGCUUGAGGCUCUGUCUCAAAAAAAAAAAAUCUUCUUAAAUAUCAGUCUCAUGAUCAAUCCACAAUCUUCAGCCAUCUUUAUAUCCUGCUUUGAGAGAACUAACUAAAGGAAUUGAAAUCUCCAUUAAAGUGAAGUAUGAGGGCGGCUCCUAUAGCAUAGCGGUUACGACACCAGCCACAUACACCAGGGCUGGCGGGUUUGAACCCUGCCUGGGCCAGCUAAACAACAAUGACAACUACAACAACAAAAAUAGCUGGGCAUUGUGGCGGGUGCCUCUAGUCCCAGCUACUUGGGAGGCUGAGGCAAGAGAAUCACUUACACCGAAGAGCUUGAGGUUGCUGUGAGCUAUGACACCAUGGCACUUUACCCAAGGCCACAGCUUGAGACUAUCUAAAAACAAAAUAAAAUAAAUAAAUAAAAUGAAAUAUGUCUGUGAAGCCUGCAUGUAUCAGAAGGAAAAAGAAAUUUGAAAGCAAUACCAAAAUAGUAUUUAACAUCUUGAACAGUUAAUAAUAUCUUUUAGGCAUAAACAUGUAACUUUGAAAACAUUAGCAUAAAUUUCUAAUGUUUAAAGAUUAGGAAGAAAGAUUCCAGGGAAACAAAUGUGUGGAAGUGUAGCUGGACAAGGGUCAGAAUUCUGCUUCUGACUUCAGGUCUUGGCAUCACAUGGAGCAGCCAUGUGGCCACAGGCAUGUCAUUUAAGGAAAUGGAGGCCCCAAGGGCACCUGUAGCAUGUGUGAGCUGCCGAUCUCCAGAGCUUGCUCCAGCUGCCUCACUAGUAUCACUGUCAGGAGUGUGUGUUUUUUGGCUGUACUAGUAAAUUCCUCUUACUGGUAGCUGAUGUUUGGAAGUCUUCAUUGGCCACUCAUGAGCGAGCACUGUGUUGGCCACGUUUUAUAGUAGUUUGGAGUAAUAUCAGGAGCACCUGUGCAGUGACUGAGCUGCCACUCUCAUCCUUCUGGGCUACCAGAUGGUUCCAGCCACAGACCACAGCAGCCAAGAGGACUCUGGUGUUUCUGUCUUCUCUGGAAACAGCUUGAUUUGGCAUCUUAUUGCUUUGUUUGCACAGAUUUUGUUUAAUAGGACUUUUCAAUAAGCAGUAUGGUUUUUUUAAAGUGAGGGUUGAAAAUGUAUGUUCAAAUUUCUCCAAAUUGCCACUUAUCCCUUUAGGCUUAGAUUUAUAAAGUUUUUAUUUCCUCAGAAUAUACUCAAUACAGCUCUUCUGAGUAUCUAUAUACAGAUGUGCAAGAAAUUCCUUAAAUUCCUCCAUGUGCCUUUGGCGAUAAGAUGCUCAUUAGUCAUGGAAUGUGGUUUUAGUUCUUAAAUGUCUUAUGAAAAGUUUUCUUCAAAUAAGUAACUCCCUGCAGGAAAGGCCUCUGACGGGCCCUGAGGGCAGCAGAAGGCCUUGGAGAGGACCCAGGGCGGGCAGACGCCCUACUCCUUGCUCUGGCCUGGUUGCCAGACACCGAGGCCAACUAGGUAAGCCGGGGUGCACAUCCUCAUGGCUGCAGAGAGCAGGGUGGGGUUCACUCCCUUUGGGGCACGUGGGCUGGCCCAGUCCACCUCAGACAGCCUCCCCCUCACUGUGUUCUUCAGGGUCAGCACAACUUCGCACUGUGCCCAUCAGUGUCACCAAAUCUUCAGAAUUCCACUCGUAGGCCUCCAAAUGCCUUCCCUAAUUUUUCCUCUUUAUUUCCACAAUUGUACUCAAAGGGCCUUGUGCAUAAGAGUUGUUGAAUGUUUUGGUACCUUUAUAAUCCAAUGCCAAAUAAAAGGUAAAACGUU